AUCUCCGUCAUGCUGCCGGGCUUUCUCUCGCCUUCAUCGCCGUGAAUCUCGAUCCCUUCCUUUGUGCCGCCCUUCGCCCUCCAGCCCGGCCAUGGAGUCCCCCUCAUCCUCGCCCUACGCUGGCCAAAAACGCAAGAUCGCCGACAUGAGCUCCGAUGAAGAGGAAGAAGAAGAUUACCGCCCAACCAUGGGCUUUCGCGGGUUUGCUCGCGCGUCGUCUCGCUCCGAGUCGCCUCCAUCUCACGGCGGGCUGGGCGCCCGUCGUAACCUCCGGAAUAAUACCGCGCAGUCAGCGAUGAAAGGCGGCGGCAACAACGCUAGCAAAGGAAUGUCCGGAGGCAACUCCUUCGCCGCGCGCAUGAUGGCCAAGAUGGGUUACGUCGAGGGACAGGGUUUGGGUUCUUCCGGUCAAGGUAUUGUCAACCCGAUUGAGGCCCAGGCUCGUCCUACAGGUGCCGGUUUGGGUGCAGUCCGUGAAAAGACCAAACAAGCGCGGGAAGAGGAAAAACGGGCAGCAGCUCUCCGGGGCGAGUCUGUCGAGGAUAGCUCGGAUGAAGAGCGCAAAAGGCGACGGAAGAAGAAGGAGGAGCGCAAACGAGAGGGCCGGAGCGGGACAGGGACACCAGUGGCUCGCGCGAAGCCUCAGUUCCGAACUGCGCGCGAGAUGGAAAAGGAUAUGGAGGGCUUGGAAGUUCCGAAUGUGCUGAAGUCGCUGAUCGAUGCGACUGGGAAGGAUCAGAAGGUGCUCACGUCUACAGCUGGUCUGAUGACGCCGCAGACGUUCGUUACCCAAGGAGAAGGAGAAGCCUGGAAGAUCGCGCAACGCGCUCGAAACGACCUAGAAGCGUUUGCGGACGAGUGGAAGGGUCUAACAGAGCGGAAGAAAUACAUCGAGCUAGAGGAAGCCCAAGUCGUGGAACAGCUAGAUACGAAUCAGCUCAAGGCCGACCAGCUGUCUGAGCUCGUCACAGCCAUCGGACAGCUAGAGAUCUUCCAGAAGGAAGACACUCGCGCGAAAUUCGACGAAAUCACCGACAAGCUGGAUUCCAUGGAGAUCAAGUACCGCAACGAGAUUGAUGAAUACCGACUGCCAGAAACGGCCGUCGCAGCCCUGCAUCCUCUUUUCCGUCAAGCGAUGGAAGAAUGGGAGCCUCUCAGGGACCCAACCUUCCUCGUAUCCAACCUCCGUCGUCUCCAACCUCUGCUCCUCCGAAAAGCCAACACUGAACACACCCAACGGCAAUCCACCUCCCCCUACGAGACUAUGAUCUACACCCUAUGGCUACCCCGCGUACGCUCCGCCCUCCUCAACGACUGGGACGUAUACGAACCCGCCCCAGCAACUUCCCUCAUCGUCGCCUGGAAAGAGCUCCUCCCCUCCUUCGUCUACACCAACGUCCUCGACCAACUCGUCGUCCCCAAGCUCACCAACGGCCUCAAAGACUGGAAACCCCGAAGCAGCAGUCGCCGCCACCACACCUCAUCCACCAGCAACUCCCGCUUCCCCUGGUGGCUCUUCACCUGGCUCCAAUACCUCGACGAGCGACACACCAACCCCAAGCAACCCACGGGCCUCCUCUCCGACGCGAAGCGCAAAUUCCGCGUCGUCCUAGACAGCUGGGACCUCAACAAGGGAUUAAUCAACGGCAUCGAACUCUGGCGCGACGCCCUCGGCUCCGAAUUCGACACCUGUCUCCGCAACCACCUCCUGCCCCGCCUCGGCCGCCACCUCCGCGAAGACUUCGAAGUCAACCCACAAGACCAAGACCUCACAGCCCUCGAAAACGUCCUGAAAUGGAAAGACUUCUUCAAAACAAACGUCAUGGGUCUUCUCCUCGUCGCCGAAUUCUUCCCCAAAUGGCACAACAUCCUCUACAUCUGGCUCACCAACGACCCCAACUACGAAGAAGUCGCCGAAUGGUUCACCUGGUGGCGCACCCAAAUCCCCUCCGAUAUCAACGACCUCACCAUCGUCGACGACGAAUGGAACAAGGGUCUCCAAACUAUGGACCUCGCCUCCCAACUCGGCGAUCGUGCCGCUGCUGAACUUCCUCCUCCUUCAUCUACCACUACCACCACCGAACACGCAACAACAAAACCCACAGACAAACCCGCUACUGCUGCGCCAGCAACAACAGCAGAUCAACCCCGCAAACCCAAAAUCAUCGAAGAAGUCGCCUUCAAAGAUAUUCUCGAAUCAUGGUGCAUGGAACAAGGCCUCAUUAUGCUGCCAUUGCGUGAAGCGCAUCCGCAAAACGGUCAGCCUUUGUUCCGCAUUACGGCUAGUGCGACGGGUAAGGGCGGCGUUGUGGCGUUUGUGCAGGGGGAUGUGGUCUGGGUGCAGAAUAAGAAGGCGAAGGAGAUUUGGGAGCCUAUGGGGUUGGAGGAUCAGUUGGUUGAGAAGGCUGAGGGGAGGUAGAUUGAUAGAUUUUUAGCAUUGAUCGGAUAUAUACUUUUUAUUAUCUCACUGGGUUGUGGGAUGGAUUAUUUUCUUUCUUAUUGUUUUUCUAUUGGAUUUGUGGGUUAGUUGUGAUACCAUACCAUACUUACAUACUAUUACUAUCAUGAAACUUAUGCUUCAUGUUGGGGCGGGU